AUGCCGCUUCACUUGGUGCGGUCGUGCAUUGUUUGCUGUUGCCUUGUGUCCGUGUACAUAGAGAAGACGUACGUACUGGUAGUGCCUGGUAGUGGUCGAUCAUCUGUAUGGGAGGGUACAUGUACAUCAAGCUCCCGCGUCACUUCAAGCUUGACUUGCCCCACCGCGUCAACUUCCAUCGCGCAUCACCACCGCCCUUGGCCUCCUCUUCCUCGUCCACGACACACAACACCACCACUACCACCACACUCCUUUGUCACAACUGCCCAUACCGAUGACCGCAUGGAGCACCUCAGUCUCCAUGAUGCGGGCCCGCAAGCGCCAGGUGCUCCGCCAAUGCAGCAAGGCCCACCGCCAGUCCCUCAACUGCCACCACAGAUGUUCACUACCGCCGCACAACUGCUAGACCUGACCGAUAAGAAACUGCUUCUGUCUUUGCGUGACGGCAGGAAGCUUAUCGGUGUCUUGAGAAGCUGGGAUCAGUUUGGCAACCUGGUUCUGCAAGACACUGUAGAACGACUAUUCGUCCAGAACUUCUACGCCGACAUCGAGCGUGGAUUGUUCUUGGUGCGCGGAGAGAACGUUCUACUUCUGGGCGAGAUCGACUUGGACAAAGACGACUAUGUACCUCCUCCGUUUGAGCUCGCACCAGUCGAGAAGGUGUUCGCCUUGAAGAAGCAGGAGGACCAGGACAGAAAGAAGAGCGACAAGUCGAAGCAGAAGAAGUUGGCCGAACUCGGAUUCGUGUUGAACAGGAUGAUAUGUGAGAUGCAGAACUACGUGCUCUAG